AUGGAGUUCUUUACCAAGCAUCUCGACUGCCUCUCAAACUGGCACCUCCACCUGCAGCCGGGAUGGCAGACUGUCGGCGCCUCCGUUCUGCUGGCUGCGGGAAGCUUGUUCGUCGUCUCUCGCGCCCUGCUCUUCGUGAGGGUCCUCUUGAGCUUGUUUGUGCUCCCUGGCAAGCCGCUUCGCUCUUUCGGCCCCAAGGGUAGUUGGGCCGUGGUGACCGGUGCCUCGGAUGGUCUGGGCAAGGAAUUCGCCCUCCAGCUCGCCAAAGCAGACUUCAACAUCGUUCUCGUCUCGCGGACCGCUUCCAAGCUCGACGCUCUUCGCGAUGAACUCAAGGCCAAGUACCCCGCCGUGCAGACCCGGACCCUGGCGAUGGACUUUGCCCGCAAUCAGGACAGCGACUACGAGAAGCUGAUGCAGAUUGUGUCUGAGCUGGAUGUGGCGGUGCUGAUCAACAACGUGGGCAAGAGCCACAACAUCCCGACGCCGUUCGCGCAGACCCCGGAGGACGAGCUGGCGGACAUCGUGACCAUUAACUGCUUGGGCACCCUGCGGGCGACCCAGCUGAUCGUCCCCGGCAUGAUCCAGCGCAAGAGCGGUCUGAUCCUGACCAUGGGCUCCUUCGGCGGACUCCUCCCGACCCCGCUAUUGGCGACUUACUCCGGCAGCAAGGCGUUCCUGCAGCAAUGGUCGACCUCGCUGGGCGCCGAGCUCGAGCCGCACGGGAUUACGGUCGAGCUGGUCCAGGCCUACUUGAUUACUUCUGCCAUGUCGAAGAUCCGCCGCACCAGCGCCACGAUUCCCGACCCGCGCUCGUUCGUCAAGGCGGUUCUGUCCAAGAUCGGCCGCAACGGCGGCUCCCCGACCUACGCGUACAGCUCCUCCCCGUACUGGAGCCACGGCUUGAUGGCCUAUUUCCUGACCUGCGUGACUGGCACCAUGGGCAAAUUCGUGGUUGGCCAGAACAAGGGGAUGCAUGAGGCUAUUCGCAAGCGCGCGUUGCGCAAGGCUGAGCGGGAGAAGGGGAAGAAGAGCACCUAA